AUGUUUGAUGGGCCACCGGAAGGCGCUGAAGUAACCUGGAACAACCAAAGGCUACCGUAUCAAAUCCUGGAUGACGACAGUAGGGAAAUAAGUCCAGUUGUCGGACAUACGAUGAUUAAAUACAAAAAAUCAUUGAUUGUUUGGGGUGGUUACCAUCACGCAGAGGACAAUGAUUUCCGUUAUCGCUCUUCCACAUUUCUAUACAUAUUGCCUGCUGGUUUACUAACCGGUUGUAACGAUGUGAAGUGGAUACUUUAUCAUGUUCCACAUGGCGAUGUACCUCCGUCAACUAGUGGUGCUUGUGCUAUAUUAUGUGGCUGUUAUAUUUUUAUUUUUGGUGGCUACGUCCGACGCUCAACACCUAAUAAUAUCUUAGAAGGCCAUUCAUCGGCGAUGUACGUUUUGGAUUUGGUACAGGAACGAUGGUCAUUGAUUGUUACUGACGAUGAUAGCCUUAUACCAACACCUCGAGAUAAAAUGGCUGGAUGGUGUUAUAAGAAAAAAUGUUAUUACUUUGGUGGGUACGGACCGCGCCCUUUCGAUAUGCCAAAUCCAGCGCUGUAUUUGAGAGAUGUGGGAGAGUUCGUUGCUGAUGAAACCAGUCCCUUCUACUGGAAUAACCAAUUACUAAUUUUUGAUCCUGUCCCAAGAAAACAGUUGAAGUGGACUCUUGCAAAAGUUGGAGGAACAGUGCCUUCAGCCCGUGCAGCAUCUGCAAGCACGUUUCUCGAAAGAUUUGAUAGUAUCCUGCUUUUCGGUGGCCGAAACAAAAAUCAGCGACUGAAUGAUUUAUAUCUGCUUGAUCUGUCAUCCCUCAUCUGGACACAAAGUAAAAGUUUCAGUAAUGUGACUGGAAUGAACGAACCAGAAGGUAGAACAUGGUGUUCACUCAAUACACUAUUUCCAAAUCAGGCUUUGGUUUACGGUGGGUAUUCGAAUGAGGCUCGAGCGCUGUCUGAUUUCUGGAGGAUAGAAGUGAACAGAGAUCGUGAUGGGUGUUAUGUAGGGACAUGGACUGAAGUGGAUACUGGGUAUGAAGCAAAGUCUCGCAGAUUAUGGCACACGGGAGCUGUUGUUGAAGGACAAUUAUUCGUGUGUGGUGGAACAGAUGCGCUGGACGAACACGUCAAAAUUAGAGGUGUUCUGAAAAAACGGAUGGAACCACUUCCGCUACUGACGAUUUGCUUAGGUGUUUUGUAUCCAUUAGUCGAAGAAGUCAGUAUGUUACCGACUCCUCUACAGUUGCAUUUUGCAUGGGCUCGUUACAUUCUAUCUCGAGGUUAUCAAGCGCUUCACGUGGAUACGGAACACUUCAAGAAAUAUAACUUGUUGAAGAUACUGAAGACCUGCUAA